AUGGCCUCCGAACUGCGGGAGUUACUGGCUAAUUCACAAAUUUCUGAUAAAUAUGCUGAAAUAGAUAUCAAAGAUGAUUUUUUCAAAGAUUGUGAAGGUCUAGCACUUGGAGAGGUAGCUCUUAUGGAUGGCUUUCGCUUGAACGAUGCCAUGAGCGCAGUAGAACUUAUGGAUCCCAAAAUGGACAUCGGGAUGGAGCGAUAUAUCCGCAAAUCAGGUGUUGAUCAGUUGAAGUCAAUAGAUUAUUUCAAUACUGUUAAUGAUAGAGAAGUGUUGACAAUAGUUGAUGCCACUAUGGCUUGCCUAGUUUCUUACUUGGAAGGAGGAAACGUUGCCAAUACACUUUAUUCAAACGUGCUUCUGAGUGAACCUUACUCUUUCUAUCAUCCUGUUCUUUCAACUCUUGCUGAAACUUUCUCUUAUUUAAUCUCGAUGAUUCGUAUAAUAUUACAUGACGCCAUGGUUUUUGAAGAGGAGGACUUUAAUGGGUCUAUCCCGUAUGUUGUGCCUUGUGAAAACAUGAUUGAUGAACAGCUUUCCAAAUUGAAAUCAUUCGAAGAUGUUCUAGGAGCCAAAAGCACUUCUCCUGCUUCGGAAGCUAUUGUUCUCAGAUUUACCUGGUUACGGUCUUUAAUGGAGUAUUUCCUUCUAAUCAUCCCUCAAGUUCGAACAAAAGAACAAGGCUUAAGCUCCAAAAUAACUAAACCGUCACUUCCCGAAGCUAUUGCCAAAGCAGAAGUGUUGAAGAGUACUUCGAAUGCAUUUAAAGAGACUUGGAAGUUAGGCUUGGAAGCGCCUUCUAGUCUUAAUGGAGAUAGCAAGUUUGAAUGGCUUGGAGUGUUCCAACCUGACUACAACAAACAAUAUUUGACUGGCUCCUUCCCACGAAAAACACGCAUUGUUUCUCGAGAUGAGAGUAUGAACUACUUAUACCUUCUCUCCUGCAGGCUUCAUCGCAUCGCCGCUGAUUCCGCGGAAGCGGCUGCUGAUUUUUCGGAUAUGUUGAAAUUCCUCAAAGAUUUUAGCAUGGAUAACAGUUGCGUACUUAGUCGUUCCGUAUUACAGUUAACCCUAUUCCCUCAUGAUGAACUUGUUUUGGGUUCUGUGUCUCUUCCGAACCUGAUUGAUAGUUCUGUUCGGAAGAUUGUACGGCAUUUGGUUCUUGAAGAAGGCAAUCCAGUCAGCCAAGAUGAAGAGUGUGUGGCUUUAUAUGGAGAUUUCUUAGAUGAUAUGGCGAAAGCCAGCUUAACAAUGAUUGCAAACUUUGGCAUGAAUCUUGCACGACAACGUGAAAAACUAUCAGCAUCGAUCGAUGAGCUUAUAGUUGCACAAAGCACCGCCGAGCAUUUAGAUAGAAGAUGUAAUAGCCUUUUACACGGUUUAGAUUUAGAAGGACAUCCACAAAAUCCUCUGCUCAGCUUCGUUUUCAAUCACCUAAUAAACAUAAUAAAUUACCAUUUGGAAUUGAGUUUCAAACUUGAUUUGUUUGCACCUUAUGAGUACUCCCACUUUUACUGGUAUUAUGGAGAAAUUCUCUGUAGAUGGCAUUUGAAUUCAAUCGAGCGAAUCCUGGAAGUAACAUAUUACGAUUACAAAAUGGAGGUGGAAAAAGUUCGAGCUAAAAAUAAGAAGAAGAGUAGCCGACAAGCUGAGCUAGAGGAAAAUCUGAAAACAAAAAUGGAGCAACAGCAUUGUAAAAAAAUAAAAGUGAUUGGGGAAGCUGCAUUAGCUAAUGGCAUAUCACGUGCAACUGCUGGGCUCACCAAAUGGGGGAAAAUCAAGGUACCACGGUGGGAACCAAAGACUGAUCGAAUUCAUUUCGAACAUCGAAUGGCGCCUUUCGCACGUCUCGGGUUACCAUUGCAUUUAAGUUAUGAUCAGUAUUUGAACAUCAGCAAAUAUAAUGAACUCCUUGAAAAGGAUCAUGGUGAGCUUUUUAAGCAAGCCAUUGAUCUAUUUGAAAUGGCCAAAGCGCAUUUCCAUAGGUUAAUUGAGGCCAGUACUCUUUCUCGGGAAGCAGAAUCGUUGGAAAAGUUAUGCAAGAACAACAUAGUUGUCUUGAGAUUACUUUCAAGUGGAAAAGUUGAUAACAAAAAGGCUGAUUGGGUUAUGUCCGACGAUUCGAUCUUCCCAAUCCUCCGGCUUUCAUAG